AUGACGCAGAGAAACAAGACCAAGGUGGAAGAGUUUGUUUUAUUGGCCUUUGGUGAUUUGCACCAGAUUCAGAUAUUAUUUUUUCCAUUUUUUCUGCUGACCUAUAUCACUUGUAUUAUGGGAAAUCUCGCAAUAAUCGUUGUUGUUAAACUAGAACAUUCACUUCAUAAACCAAUGUAUUUUUUCAUCGCUGUGUUUUCCGCUUUGGAAAUCAUGUUUGUCUCGGUCACAGUUCCAAAACUUUUGUCCAUUUUGUUAGGACAUAACAACACAAUAUCUUUCAUUGGAUGUUUUACUCAAAUGUAUGUCUUUGACUCUUUGGGUGACACUGAAUGCUUUCUCCUUAUGGUGAUGGUGUUUGAUCGACAAAUGGCCAUUAACAAGCCUUUACAUUACUCCACCAUCAUGACUCCUACAGCAUGUGUUGGACUAGUUAUUUUUCCAUGGCUUUUAGGAUUUACCAGUAUGUUAGUACCAAUCAUCACUACAGCCCAGUUGGUAUACUGUGGCCCUAAUAUAAUUGAUCACUUUUUUUGUGACAUGGCUCCAUUACAAAGCUUGGCGUGUUCUGAUCCUUUCAUUAGCAGUAUAUCAACAAGUUUAACGGCCAUCAUGGUUAUUGUUCUACCUUUCCUCGUAAUAAUAGGAUUCUAUGUCUGUAUUAUAAUGACUGUCAGCAAGAUCAAGAGUAAAGAUGGGAAACAGAAAGCCUUCUCCACCUGCACGUCUCAUCUCACUGUAGCCAGUCUCUUCUUUGGCACGGCCAUGAUUGUGUAUGUGAAACCCAGAGGCAGCCAUUACGAAAAGUACCUCUCUUUUAUGUACACAGCAUUCACCCCAACCAUUAAUCCUUUCAUUUAUACCUUUAGGAACAGGGAUGUGAAGAAGGUUUUUACAAAUUUAUUGAACCGAGUCAUGAGACCAAUGUAA